AUGGCCCCGUUCGAUAGAGCUUCAGCUCUUUCUAAAACGGAAUCCAAUUCCCGGCGCUGGCCGCACCAGGUAGAUCCACCGCGGCGCCGGAGCUGCUCUUCUCGUUUCCGGCGAGGUGCUCCGACGGCCAGCUCCAGAUCUCCCUGGAUUGGAUGGCUCAGCAACCGACGGAGCAAGGGAGCCACCCACCGACCAUCGCCGCCGCCGUCGAUCCCGACCAUCUCCGGCAGCCGCCCCCUGCGCCUCACUCUUCUCCGACUGGGGGCACGGACUGCCCCAAAGCGGAGCGCGGUGACCGGCCUCGGCCUCCCUGACGACCCCAUCGCGGAGAUAAUCUCGCGCCUCCCCGCCAAGCCCCUGUUCCGAUUCAAGUACGUCUCCAAGGCCUGGUUCCGCCUCAUCACCGACUGGCUCAGGAAGUUGAAGUUCCCCCAAACAUUACAAGGUUUCUUCUAUGGGGACAACGACGGCAACAACUAUGGGCAUUUCUUCAACCUGUUGGGGGGAUCUGUGCCUCCCGUCGACCCCGCGUUCUCCUUCCUCCCGCAGCUACCUGAGACUCAGAAGUUCAUCCUCCUGCGUUCCUGCAAUGGUCUCGUACUCUUUCGGCGCAAGCAGUAUCUGAACGCAGGCCACGCAAAAACACUGGGAUACAUAGUGUGCAACCCCGCCACCAAAGAAUGGGUGACUGUGCCUAGAUCGGGCUGGACUCUAGCCAAGGGCCAAGGGGAUUAUGAUCCGGAAGAAUGGCCAGCCAUUACCUAUUUGAUUUUUGACCCAGCUGUCUCCUCGCAAUUUAAGUUGGUUCAGUUCUGCCACGACUCUGGCUUGAACAUGUCACAGGUGUACACCUAUUCAUCUAAAAGUGGGGUAUGGAGUGAGAGGGCAAGUGAAUGUUGGUCAAGUGAAACCGUAGGAUCCUGUGUGGGCAGUGCAUUUGUUAAUGGUAUGCUGCAUUUGAUUGUCCAUCGCUCGUAUGAACAACUGAGUAUGAUAGUUGCAGUUGAUGGGGAAGGGGAGAAAUGCAGGAUUAUCCACUGGGCAGAACAGGAGCGUGGUUUGCUUGUUUUUCUUGGUCAAUCUCAAGGGAACCUGAUUUGCAUGAGCGGACACAUAGUAGACCACCAGACUGGUUUUAUUACGGAACUGUCAAUUUGGGUUCUUGAGGACUAUGGUACAGAGCAAUGGAUGCUGAAGGACAGGUUGAGCUAUUUGCAGCUGUUUGGAGAAGUGAGUCUGAGUCGAUGUUUCCUUAGCUCCCCAAUCGCCAUUCAUCCAGAUCGCAAUGUUUUCUUCUUUGUUUACAGCUUGAAUGGGAAACUGGUAUCAUAUGACAUGGAUGGUAAGGAAGUGAGUACUCUCAGCACUCUAGAACACUCCUGGACUUCUUUUACCCCAUAUUUUCCCUAUUUCGCUGAGUCAUCAGCCCUUGCUAAGAAGCAAUGACGUUGUUGCUUGUGGUAUACUGAUUGGGAUGUUGAACGGAUUUUUAUCUGCCAAGUAUGGAGUGGCUAGCAACUUGGAUAAAUCUACUAGAAUCAAAUGAUGCAAUAUUAUAUAGAUCUAUUAGAACUAGGUGAUGGAUUUUGCUGAAGCUUGAGUGUAUUCCUUCUAAUGAUGUUGGUCUGUUUAAUGCUGCAAUCAAGCAGUGGAGAGUUCAGACAUGUGUAAGUUAGCAUUACAUAUGCUAGAUAUAAGUUUGCCAUCUAUGUUAUAAGUUUGACACGCCACCUAUUGUGUUUCCAGAAUAAUAAUCAUCUAAUCUGCUGGCUUCAUAUUUUAGUAUAGUGUUGUUGAGGAACAACUGGAGCCCAGUAGGAGCAGACUUGUGGCCAGAAACAGAGCUCGCUUGUAGAUGAUCAUUACAUGAAUAUAUUUUAGUAUAGUGUUGUUGAGGACGAUUGUACUCCUUAGUGACUAAAUUGAAAGCUUGUUCACACUAAGCUCAAAAGUGGCCUAGUUGAUGUGUGUUACAGGUAAAAUACAAAUUUACUAUGCAACUGCAUAGUAACUGGAAUCAUAUGUGAGACUACGGCAAGAAAAAGUCUAACAGUGCUGGUCUAGGUUUGGUGUUUGGAUGCUGCUGAUUGCCACUGCUACUCCAUUACUCUGUCUAGCUCCAGUUUUGCACAGUAGUGCAAUGUUGUAAAGAGUUGAAAGAGAAAGAUGGUUCUUA